AUGUCCAAUAACUCCAGUAAAAGUGGAGUUUCACCAAAUUUUAAGCCAAAUAAAAGGUCCAAAUCUGUAACCCCUACAACUGAUGACUCAGUGCUUGACAAUGUCGAACCUUUAACUACUGAAAAAUAUGUGUAUUGUACACAAAUGUCUCUAUCGUCAACAGAUUCUCGAUGUCGCAGCCCCUCUAUCUCUACGUGCAGUAUGCCAACGGUAAUACUGAUUGACAUACAAGGCACUAUACCUACGUGCAUCGAAAAGUCAGCACAGUCUACUAGACAGUAUGUGCUACCAAGGCCUAAGUCUAAAAUUUCAAAAACUAAAGAGUCCAAUGGUCCACCUCAUACACACCAAAAUACUGAUAGAUAUAGUAAUGACAUCCGACAGCUACAAAACUCUCUAUCCGAAAUUAACGGCAAACUUGAGCAAUUAGCACCCCUCACUCAUAUAUGGGGCCUUGACACAGACAGAAAUCUAGAGCAACUCACUAAAGCUGAGUGUAUUUUGGAGUUUGUGGCUGAAGAGAGUGAUGUCCUCCUUCCCGACCGCACACACCCAUCUUAG